GAUGGUCCCUAAAUGAAACCCCUAUGGUAAAGAGCGACCACAGGGAGGUGAGCCAACGGUCCUCUGCCAAAACUGGGUGAAGCUUUAGUCGUCGCUGGAUCUGGAGGGAAUGUCUGUCAAAUAUCCUACUUAAAACGGUAUUAUGUACAUACAUACACAUACACAUGCACAUAGAUACAUGUCAAACUUUGUAAAUUGUAAACAACAGAGUGCAAAGACUGCUGGAAUAAUGAUUGAAUGAUUAGUGUAAUAGGUGUUUUAUUGAGGCUACAUGAAAUAUGUGGAUAUAUUACCGUACAUAUCCACUGUACAGUGCUCCAUUACUGUAUAUUGCAUGUUCUCCUGCAGUGGCAUUGGCCUGGCGCUGUGUGAGCGUCUCCUCUCACAGGACACAGAGGGUCUCCAGCUGUGUCUGGCCUGCAGGAACAUGCGGCGGGCUCAGGCGGCUCGCUCUGCCCUCCUCGCCUCUCACCCCACAGCCCAGGUGGCCCUCCUGCAGAUGGACACCAGCAGCAUCUCCUCAGUCUUCGCUGCUGCACAGGAGGUCAAACUCAGGUAUAACCGGCUGGACUACCUCUACCUGAAUGCAGGCAUUAUGCCAAACCCACAGUUUGAUGUAAAAGCAUUUUUCAAAGGCCUCUUCUCUAGCCAUAUCAUCACCAUGUUUGCCACCGGUGAGGGGAUUCUAACACAGAAGGACUGCGUCACUGCUGAUGGCCUGCAAGAAGUUUUCGCGACCAACCUCUUUGGUCACUUCCUGCUAAUCAGGGAGCUGGAACCAGUUCUGUGCCAUGCAGGCCGAACGUCCCAGCUGAUCUGGACCUCCUCCAGUAACGCUCACCGCUCGGCUUUUAACUUGGAAGACAUACAGCACCAGAGAGGCACCCAACCUUACAGCUCCUCCAAAUAUGCUUCUGACCUGCUCAGCCUGGCACUCAACACACGCUAUAACAAACAGGGUUUGUACUCAUCCGUCAUUUGUCCUGGUUUUGUGAUGACCAAUCUGACCUACGGUAUCCUGCCCUCCUUCCCAGCCUUCCUCUGGACCUUACUUAUGCCUGUCUUUUGGCUUAUAAGAGUGUUCACCAAUACUUUCACCCUGAUCCCUUACAAUGGAGCUGAAGCCCUGUUCUGGCUAUUUAAUCAAAAGCCUGAAUCACUGGACCCUCAAGCCAAGUACCACAGCUUAACAUCUGGGCGUGGCAAAAACUACACACAACCACGCAAGAUGGACGUUGAUUUGGAAACAUCAGAGGCUUUGUAUGAGAAAUUACUGCAACUGGAAAGUGAAGUGAGAAAGAAACUGAAGGAAAAACAAAAAGAAUCCCAAGUUCACAGUCUUCCUGCAGGACCUGGAUCAUCUUGAUGCGUAUCACACAGUUCUGGGAUGGAGAGUAUUUUAUUCCUGUCUCACAGGUCACCAGGGAGCAGCAUGCACACUGGCUGUCAGACCUCACAAAAAUAACACUUCUCUGCCUGCUACUGGAACUUGCAAGCCUGAAUUCACAGCACAAAGAAAAACAACAAGUGACAGUGACUCUAUGAUAUAAGUUUGAUUUCCUGUUUCCAUAUUUAUUGUCUGUAUCAGGCAUGAAGUGAAAGAGCCAAAAUAAUGUAUGUUGGGAUGGGUUGGUAAAGAGUUUACAAUUAAACUGAGCAUUGCCUGUUUUCAUCUUCAGUGCAUUCACUCCAUAAAGUGUGAUAUUACAUAAGGAGAACGACACAGUUUUGCAAAUAGCCAUGGGCGGUAUGCGAGGUCACCAACUGUUAAGUCUAUGCGGUCCAGGAGGGACUAUUUCCAAUUUGGUUGUUGAUUCCGUGAUCCUCCCGGCAAAAUGCAGUGCAGUCUGACAGAAGACUAUCCGUAUCAUCCAAAAAGUUUACAUAGGUGGUCUGUGUGAGCCCCUGCG